AUGGUCUUGGAGACCGUGAUGUCACUGAUGUCAUGUUCUCCUCCAAAGAUUAAACCUGUGGUGAUUAUAAAGCCUGAUGCACAGCUGUACAGAGGAGAGAGAGUGACUUUCAGGUGUGACAUACAGACAGGAGGAGACACUGAGUGGACAUAUGAGUGGUAUAGAGACGGUCAUGCAGCCUACCCACACCGCACAACACAGGAGUUGAUUAGCUCAGUUAGAGACUCUGACGGAGGUAAAUACACCUGCAGAGGGAGGAGAAGAGACUCUCAGCUCUCACAGAUUAGUCAUCCUCUUACACUCUCUGUAUCAGAAAAACCCAAAGCUGUGAUCACAUCAAGUCCUAAAGGAGACGUCCUGACAGGAAACUCAGUGACUCUGACCUGUAGACUGAAUGUGCAGUCUGAUGGAUGGAAGUUUUACUGGAUCACACCCACACAGAGCACUGAGACUGAGACUGCAGCACAGUACUACUACUACUCCUACUCCCAUUACUACAUCAGACCAGUUAGUGUCUCUGAUGGAGGUCAGUACAGGUGCUAUGCUGGAAGAGGAGACCCAGUCUACUACACACACUACAGUGUUAAACUCUGGGUAAAUGUUACUGUAACAGAAAAACCUCAACCUGAACUCACAUCAAGUCCUAAAGGAGACGUCCUGAAAGGAAACUCAGUGACUCUGACCUGUAGACUGAAUGUGCAGUCUGCUGGAUGGAAGUUUUACUGGAUCACACCCACACAGAGCACUGAGACUGAGACUGCAGCACAGUACUACUACUCCCGCUACACCAUUAGAUCAGUUAGUGUCUCUGAUGGAGGUCAGUACAGGUGCAGAGCUGGAAGAGGAAACCCAGUCUACUACACACACUACAGUGAUGCACUCUGGGUAAAUGUUACUGAGAGUCCUAAACCAGUGGCAGCUAUAAAGCCUUAUACACAGGCGGUCUGGGGAGAGAGACUGAAUUUUAGUUGUACCAUACAGGACGGAAGAGACACUGAGUGGACAUACAGCUGGUAUAGAGACGGUGUAAGUGUCUACUCAUCCCUCACAACACAGGAGUUUACAGUCUCAGACGGGGGUAAAUACACCUGCAGAGGGACGAGGAGAAGAGACUCUCAGUACUCACAGUUUAGUGAUCCUGUUACACUCUCUGUAUCAGGUGAGUUUGGAUCUCCUCCAGUGUCUCUGAUCAUCAGUCCCAGCAGAACUCAACACUUUACUGCUGACUCUCUCUCACUGAGCUGUGAGGACCAGAGAGACUCUACUGGAUGGACAGUGAGACGAUACACACACAGUGGGACACAGUUAGAUUGUUCAUCAGUUUCAGGAUCUACAUGUAACAUCAGCUCCCUCUCUACAUCACACACUGGAGUUUACUGGUGUCAGUCUGAAUCUGGAGGACGCAGUAAUUCUCUCAACAUCACAGUGCACAAUGGUGAUGUGAUCCUGGAGAGUCCUGUCCAUCCUGUAACUGAGGGAAAUCCUCUGACUUUACGCUGUUUAUAUCACAACACAAAGAUCUCAGACUCUGGUGCUGAUUUCUAUAAAGAUGAUUCAGUUCUCCAGAAGCAGACUACAGGAGAGAUGACCAUCAGUGUCUCAAAGUCAGAUGAAGGUUUCUACCACUGUACACACCCAGAGAGAGGAGAGUCACCCAAAAGCUGGGUUUCAGUCAGAGUUCUCUCACAUGGAAAAGCUCCACUGUCAGUACUGAAGCUCCUCAGCAGUGUGGUAGCGGCCUCUCCGUAUGUCCUGGUGACCAUCAUUCUGGCAGUAAAAUGUUACAGAGCUCGAACAAAACCUACUGAGGACAUCACACCCUACAGAGUGAUAGAGGCUGAAGUGUCUUUAUGAAUCUCAGGUUUUUAUAUUUAUAUUAUUUAUAUAAAGUACCUAUAAAAAGCUACAUCUUCAAAUGCAAUAGUGAACACAUUCACGUAUGUGAUCUGUCAGUAAGAAUAGUUUUAAUGGUGGUUUGUGUUUUUUCGAAUGGAAUCAUGCUUUUUUUUCUUUUAAGUGAUUUUUUUUGUCUUUAAAUUUAUGCAUUUAUUUUAACAGUACGCUUCACUUUGUAUUAUUGUAAAAACUGGAGCCGGUAUAUACUCAGUUUAGCAUUUGC